GAGUUCGAUCUUGAAUCAGUGCGAGUGGCCAACGAAGGUCGCGAGGGAACUAUCUCGAGACCUUACGCAACACAAGGGAAAAAGGCAGGAUUUUGGGAGUAACCGAAGCUUGUUAUUCUUAUCGUGAAGAUACUCUUUGAACUGCGCGGGAAUUUAACCCUAAUUUGCAUUCAAUAGAGCGCCAAGCCUCUCCUGUCAUUAAUUUUAUAACGUGAUCUACUACGUAUAUAAACACUUAACCGCUGUUCUUGAUCUUUUGUGGAGUGAUACAGAUGGCAGAGCUACGACGGAGGCGACCGAAAAUGAGUGAAGUAGAAUUUGUAGAUAAGAAGCACGACGAAAACAGUGGUAAAAUGAGCGAAAUCACGGAAACUACUCAUGAGCUGGUAGAGGAAACCGAAGGACUCGGGGAAGAAGAUAGUUUGCUGACAUUAGAACCCCAAACGGAAGACAAAACGUCACUAGAAUUACCCAGUGUCGACGUAACAGUUGAAGGUAAGGACACCGAAAAUGAAGAAGAGAAUGUAAGAAGCGAAGAAACUGAUGCUCUCGGUGAAGAGGACCAAGAGAGAGCAACCUUGAUUGAAAAACGCAAGGAAGUAUGCGACGACGACGAUAGCGCGGAAGUUGAUAAGGUGGAUGAUGAAGAACAAGAUGACGACGACAACAUUGAAGACGAAACUGUCACAUGUUCCCUCCUUGGUCUUGAGCAAGCAAAGGAAUUCAUUGUCAAGGGAGAGGAAAAUUUACAUGUUAUGUUCCAGACUGUUAAGGGAAAUGUACAGGAUACAGCAGUCAGGAUAAAAGGAAACAUGCAUGAUGCAGCUGAGAAAAUGCAUGAUAAUAUGCAUGAAGCAGCUGAGAAAGUGCAUGUGAUGAUAAAGUCCACAAAAGAUAAUAUGUCUGAUGCUGCAGAAAGAGUUCAAGAGAUCCUGAAAACUGCAAAGGACAAUGUUCAGGAAAGCAUGCAUGACGCUGCUGAUAAGGCAGAGAGGAUCUCAAAGAAAGCAAUUGAGUUGGCUCGCUCAGGGUGGUAUCUUCUUGCACACAUUGAACUCCCAGAGUGGCUGCGUGACAAUGAUUUUCUAUCACAUCAUCAUCGACCACCAAUGCCAUCAUUCAGAUCUUGUUUCAAGAGUAUCUUUAAAGUUCAUAGUGAAACUGGAAAUAUUUGGACUCAUUUGAUUGGUUUUGUUGCAUUUAUUUGUAUCACAAUCUACAUGUUUCUUCGACCCAUCACCAACACUAAUCCAUUCCCAAAAGACUGGCAAGAGAAGCUAGUGUUUGGGGCAUUCUUCACAGGAGCAAUCUUGUGUUUGGGGUUCUCAUGGAUUUUCCAUACAGUGUACUGUCAUUCCAUCACAGUUUCCAAGAUAUUUAGCAGGCUUGACUAUUCAGGAAUAGCUUUAUUGAUCAUGGGUUCUUUCAUCCCUCCACUUUAUUAUGGGUUCUAUUGCUCAAGAAUUCUGAAGAUCAUCUACAUGUCUCUGAUCCUUACUCUGGGAAUUCUCUGCAUGAUUGUGUCUUUGUGGAGUAAGUUCAGCACACCCAAAUACAGAGUUCUUCGAGCAGGUCUUUUCCUUACAUUUGGAUGUUCUGGUAUUGUCCCUGCUAUUCAUUUCAUAGUAGCAUAUGGGGUAACUCUAGCUCAUCGUCAGGCAUCUGUUGGAUGGAUGGCACUAAUGGGCACCCUAUACAUAAUUGGUGCUAUUAUGUAUGCUACUAGAGUUCCAGAGAGGUUUUUUCCGGGAAAGUGUGACAUUUGGUUUCAGAGUCAUCAAAUUUUUCAUGUGCUUGUAGUAGCUGCUGCCUUAGUCCAUUUGUAUGGCAUUUGUCAAAUGGCAUACUAUAGGUUUGACCAGGGUGCUGUAUGUGAAAAAUAAUUCACAAAUGUGAUUUUGCUGUUUGUUUCAUUGGUGAAUGUGUAAAUGUAGUUUCUUAAGUUAAUUAUCAGUAAAUGAAUUUAGAUCUGUGGAACAGAGUCUUGUAUGUAGUGUAAAGUUAAAUUUCUUCAUUUUGUUGCUGGUAGAUUUGUACACAUUCUAUUUUACACUUAGGUUUUCCCAGAUUAAAAUUA